AGUUCGGUUGAAACGAUGCAUUGGAUCGGUCGUGGUUAGCGCGAAGAAUCGUCCACCAAUUUUAGAUAGCAAUGCCCAUCAAAGGCAAAUAAAGAAACCAAAAACAAAUUUUAAAAUUCUUUAAAAGGCCUGUGUCCAUAUGGCUGUUCGUGAUCUCCCACAAAACGCAGUGCGAUUAUUGCUAAGUGACUACGAAGUAUGAAAAGUGCUGAUUUAUGUCGUUAAUUUGAAUAAUUCGGCUGAUGAAAUGUUCGCCAGCAGUGGCAUAUGUGCAGAAAAUGUGUUAAAGUGAGCUGUGAAUGAGACGUUGAUUAGCUUUGGAUACAAAACGACAGCCGGAAACGGAAGUUCAAAUCUAUGCGUUGAAGCGUCUGAAAAAGUGAAAAUCGCAAUUUGCAUUCGUUAAAACCCUAAGGGAAAGUACAAAUAAUCCGUUAGCGAGACGGAAACAAUUACCGGGCCGCAAACUUCCGCGCCUAAGAGCUGGCAGUCGCAUAUAAGCGCUCGUCUUGCAUUGACCGUCGGUCCAUCGUUGGGCCAUUUGUGCCGCUGAUGCCACUUUUAUGCAAUGUGUUCUCUUAAGUGCAUAAUCGUCAACAACUAUUACAACCAGCGGACCUCGGUCAACACAUUUACACUUGCAGUCGUCAGCGCGUUGGAAAGUGCACAAGCACACUUUCGCCAUCGGACUGCACCAAACGUGAAACUGAGGGGUUUGAAACCGGCAAAUUAGUGUCUAUAAUGACAGUUCGGCCUACCGAUACAAAUUCCGACGACUUACUCGCCAUCGUCUGGGCAAUAUCAGCUGGCACAAAGAGUGCUAAUGGAAUUAACUCGUUGCACAAAAGCGCUAAUAAUAUCCCGUUAAUGAUGACGCGUAACGAUCUCCACAAUCGAAUGACACAACAAAUGCCAUAUGCGAUGUAUUACAGCGCCAAUAACUACAACAAUAACAAUGGUCCUCCCUUUGACGCUAGCAACAGUAGCGCGCAGCUGCUACAUGUACCUACAACAACAACAGUGACAGCCAUAGCUGAUUCGCCACAUACGAGUACGGUCAUGUAUGACGAGCAAAACAUGGAAGUCAUCAAUCGCUCACUCUUGCUGACGACAGCUGUCAGCGCCUCCGCAACGCCUGCCAGUGGCAGCAACAACAGCAGUCCACUUCAAACGGGGUUUAUGGCCAACAACACGAAUAAUAUCGCAACUGCCAUGGACGCGGACGAGGAAUGGGCGCGGUUCUACGAUCUGAUGCUGUCGUGGCAGGGCAUUUGUCUAAUUGCUGUCUUCAGCACUUUCAUUGUGGUUACCAUCAUCGGCAACACGCUCGUCAUAUUGGCCGUCAUAACAACGCGUCGUUUAAAAACCGUAACUAACUGCUUCGUUAUGAGCUUGGCUAUCGCUGACCUUCUGGUGGGUAUAUUUGUGAUGCCACCCGCUGUAGCUGUCCACCUAAUAGGCUCCUGGCGUCUGGGAUGGGUGCUCUGCGACAUUUGGAUAUCACUGGAUGUGCUGCUUUGCACGGCGUCCAUACUGAGCCUGUGCGCCAUCAGUGUUGACAGGUAUUUGGCCGUUACGCAACCUCUGACCUAUUCACGCAGAAGGCGCUCCAAGCGAUUGGCGUUCAUAAUGAUUCUGGUUGUUUGGGUCCUGGCGCUGGCUAUCACGUGCCCACCGAUGUUGGGUUGGUACGAGCCAGGGCGACGAGAUCUAAGCGAGUGCCGUUACAAUCAGAACGAAGGAUAUGUGAUUUUCUCGGCCAUGGGCUCAUUUUUCAUUCCGAUGGCCGUUAUGAUUUAUGUUUAUGCGAGAAUUUCAUGUGUUAUUGCGUCACGCCAUGACCACAUGACAGACAUCAGUGUCCAUAACAAGAAGUUCAAGCGCUACACAGCCGCCGAUGUAGAACAUGACAUUGACCAUGACUUCUCUGAGCAGGAGCUUAGUUCGGGCCAACGAAAACAGGCAGCAGCCCGCACAUUUUCGAACCAAACCAUCGCCAAAGAGCUGCACGACGUGAUGCUGUGCGAAGGUGAAGCUGGCGGCGUCACUACCACGGCAGCUACUGACAGCAGUGGCAAUGAUAAUGACAACGGUGGUGGUGGUGGUUCUUCACCUCAUUGCCACUCUCUACUUGCUCUAAGCACAGCGAAUGCCAAAAAUAAUUGCUAUGAAUUAACGCGUCCGUCAUCUUUAAGGCGUACCCCGACAUCGUCCUCCACCACGACCGUAAUGACAAGCGGUUGCGGCGGUGGCGGUGGCCUAAACAUUCCUACAAUUGGCAAUACAAGCUUAAGUGAUCAGCACUGGUCGACACGUACGCUUAGCGUGCGACACCACCAUCACUUUGGCGCUUCCGGCGGGGGCGGCGACAGCGGUGCGGGCUUAAGUGCGAUUGCUUCGGCAGCAGCAAGUGAUACCACUUCGUCAAAUUUACAGCCGGAAGCUGCUGCACCGACACGUCACACGCGCAUACAGCAACAACAUCAUCAUCAUCACGCCAAAUCCCUUUCGAAUCGCAUCACUUCGCUGAAAAAAGAGAACAAAACUACGCAAACGCUGAGCAUUGUUGUGGGCGGUUUUAUCGCCUGCUGGCUACCGUUCUUCAUAUAUUAUCUGAUAACCCCUUUCCUGGAGGACCAUCAAGUAAGUCGAACGUUGGCGAAGGGACUUACCUGGCUCGGUUGGUUCAAUAGCGCUAUAAAUCCCUUCAUUUAUGCCUUCUAUAGUGUUGAUUUUCGUGCGGCAUUCUGGCGACUGACAUGCAAGCGCUUCUUCAGUGUCUCCAUGAAACCACAAUUUCCAGCGAACACUAUGUCCAUAAGACGAUAGUUGAAUGUUCUGCAAAUAUAUUACGUAUAAAUAGUUAUAUCUAGCUCGUAAGUGUAGAGUUGUCCAAAUGAAAAGUAAGAAGUGGGGAAUGGAAUAUUUUUUUUUUUAAUGUUAAAGUUUGUUUAUUUGGAGUUUGGUAAAGCGACGUGGCUCCUGCAGGGAUGACUUGAAACUUGCGUGUGACUGAGUUCAGGUUACAGUUCACAUAAGUCCUACAUUGACAUUUAAAUCAGUCCGAGGUUAAUGUAGUAAAUAUCUCGAUGGGAUUCGCACUACCCACAGAUUACUUGACUUUACUCUUUGGACGCAAAUCUUGCAUCAUUAGAAAACGUUUUUGUAUUGUGAAUCAUCGAGAAAUAUAUGACUUGAACAAGCAAAGUCUACUUAUAUUUCUAGAAGAGUUAGCAUCAAUUUGCAAUUGUUUUCAUUCUAGUUUUCAUAUGGCGUGUAGGCAAGACAGACUCAUAUGUGACGGCGCUCAGAUCAUUUAAGAGAGCUGUUAUUUAUAAAAUAUAUGAGGGUGUGGAUAUCACUAAUGAUAAUUAUACGUCGCAUAAGUUGAAAAGUUGACAAUAAGAAAAUAUUAUGGUAAUACAGGUAACUAGAAUGAAUAGGUUAUAUUGACUAAACAUUGUUGACUUAAUCAGUGCGUGCGCUCCAUCCUUGAACGUUGUAUCAACGGCAAUCUCUUGAAGUUUGCUUCAAAAUAGUCAUGUUGAUGGGUUUUCCGGUGGCUAUUGCGGUUACUAUUCGAUUGCGGAAUGAGUUGACUUUAUGGAAACUCCUUAUGUGGAGUUCCAUUGCAAUCAAAUGCGGGACCAAUAGUACGGAAUUGGUUUUAGCUGGGCAUCGAACCCUACCAAGAUAGCUAGAGUGAUCAUUCCACACUACUAAAAAACAAAAAAUGCUUUAUAUUGUAGAGUGGUGAUGCAAAGUGAUGGCACUGAUUUGAUUUCUUAUGGUUUUAAGCACUAUGGGUUAAUGCUAUCAUCAGUAGGUACUCACGUUACACAAACGAUUGUUUUAUAAUUUGAAUGUAUUGUUUUAAUUUUUGGUGUUAUUUCACGAUUGGUCUUAUUGGUAUUCUAAAGUUCAGGUUUUAGUUCAAAAUGAAAUCCUGAAGAAUGGUUUAUUUUCAAAUAAAUCUGAAUUGAUUACCAAUUAACUCACAUCAAUCAGUUGCGGUUUUUAUACCCUGAACAGGGUAUAUUAAUUUAAUUAAAUAUUAUUUCUAAAUACAAUACAAUAUAUACAAAUAGCUUAAAAACUGAGGGACUAGUUCGUAUAUAUACAGACAGACAAACGGAAAGACAGGCGGACAUGGCUAAAUCAACUCAGCUCAUCAUGCUGAUCAUUUAUGUAUAUAUUUUAUAGGGUCUCCGAAGUUUCCUUUUCCCUGUUCAGGGUAUAAAAACCAAGUGCCUUCAGUUGUUAAGAUCCGACUCUCUCCAGUCUCAACCUACUUUCAUUUUGAUCGAGCACCGGAAGUUUAGGUCAAAAAUUCAGCCGGGCAUAUGCGUUAAAAAUUCUACGCAACUGUUCUAUUUCAAAAUAAAAAAAAUUAUUGAACGCAAGGUAUUGCAUUUUUCCACUGAAUACCAAACUAUCUAUUUUUCAAAUUUCAUCUAAACUGUUUUAACGCCCACGAAUGAAUAAAACCAUCAACCCAAACGUCAACAUUGACAUGACGAAAAGAACACACUAUCCGGAUACUGGGGACUGUAACCACCGUUAGUCAGUCAAUUCAUUUCAAGGGCAACAGUUAGAAUUCAUAUAUGCCCCUAAAUGAAAGUGGAGCAAGCUUUCACGCACCAUCACAUAUAACUGAAUGAAUGUUUAUGUGAAAGCGGUGGUCACACUAAACUGAUUUCUAAUAUGUAACGUUGGCAUAUUUAUGAGUUCGUGUUUAUUUUUCUGUGCAAAGUUAAAUUGAAAAUUUAUUUUUUUCGUUAUUUUUUGCCACACGAGCUCACGUGUAUUGCAGAAUCACUUUGAAUAUGGCGCAAACGUAUUUCAGUGGCGCGAAAAUGGCCGACACGCAACGUGACUUGAAUUCGCUCCGCAACAGCGUAUGUCGCACUAAUAUAAUUUAGUUGCAUGGAAUAUGUGGAACUAUCAAAAAAAAAGCUUAACGUUCACCUUUCAGACUGACAGUUCGUUUGAAAGUUGUGCUGCAAGAAAUAAAAAAAGCCAUUAACGCAAAAAUUUCGAAAUUGGAUGCAAUGCAGAAUAAGCUGCGGGGGCGCGAAGACUAAGGCGUGCUUUUGCUAUAGUAUAACAUAACAAAAGAAAACAUAUAAAAGUGUCCAUUGCAAGUUUGGUGGAAACUUUAAACUGAAGUUGCCACGGGCGAAAAGUUGGCUCACGAAGCUGCGCACGUAAGCGACUCAACAGUGCGUAUGAGUAACUUCGAGAUUUUCACAAUAAUUAAGGAACAAAUGAGCUAAAUAAUAUUACAAUAUAUUAUAUAAUGUAUGUGCUUUACGUAGCACUUCCAUGUAAAUAGCUUGCUAAAGGCCUUUUAGUAAAUUCAGUUUGUUUGCUAAUGGGAAAACUGAGCUUAUAAAGUUGUGAUUAGCUUAGAUGAUGUAAUUGUAAUGUACGAAAGAUGUAAAAAAGCAGUUUCUAUGGAAGCACGUAAAAGUCAUCAAAAUCGCUUACCAACUCAGUUUUCUAAAAUAGUGGCUAACUGAAUUAUGAAACAAGUAAAAAUACUAUAUUUAGGCUUUUAAUAUUACGAAAAUUUUAAUUAACUUUGUAAUUGCAUUAGGGCAGGAAGUAAUACGAUCGUUGAAUGGCAAAACUGUUUUAAUAAAUGCUUAAUAUUUAAGGCUUCAUUUAGUUAGUUUAAAAAAUAUUUUUAACCGAAGCUCAUAUCAUAGUUUUUCGAGACUCAUCUGGUACUGAGAAACUAUUCUUAUAGAUAAGUACGUGCUAUUUAAAUAGUUUCAGGCUGAUCAAAAUGUGAAAAGUGGAUUUACUACAGAGCAUAAUGGGAUGGAGAGGAUUGUGAUAUCCUAAGCCCAAAAAGAAGCGGUAUAUUUAUAGUAUAGCAUAAAUUCUUUUGUUUUGGAUUUCUAUUCGGUACAACAGUCUCUGUUAGUAUAUUCAUAUAUAUAGAUCUACAUACAUAUGUAAAGGCAAAAGCAAGUGCUUUGUUUUUUCAUUUUGACUUUUGAAAACAAUACUCAUAAAUAACAUAGUAAAUAAAUAUGCGAAACUUAACUUAAACUUAUAUGGGAGAGGUACGGAGAUGUUUAGUGUACCAACAAAAAAAUGGAGCUAGCCUUAGCUUGGGUCUGUACCUGACAGCUGCUUAUUCCUUAUUUGAAACCCA